CCUUAAUGCCAAUAAGAAAAAAAGUGUGGCGAGAAGAAAAAUCACCACGACGAAACUUUCCUUCUUUGUGAUUUUGGCAUCGAAAAUUCCGAAAUUUAGUUGCUAAGUGCGCACAAACCUUACUUCCGCAGUAACGAGUAGGUGCAGCAGCUUCCGGUUUCUAAAAUGGAGGAAGAUUGGGAGCAACUAAGUGAAAGAGAAAAUGUACCCAUUCCCGUCAAGAAGGUCGAUGCCAAUAAAUGGGAUGGUGAGGAUGAGGAGGACGAAGUGAAAGAUAGUUGGGAAGAUGAGGACGAGGCCGAGGAGAAGAAAGAUGAAGAGAAGAUAGAAACCCCUAAGCAGCCGAAAAAAACUUUGCAACAAAAAAUUCUGGAAAAAGAGCAACAAAAACAAGCCGAACUCGAAAGGCGGAGGCUCGAAAAGGAGCAAGAAGAUAUGACCCCUGAGCAGAAACUUGCUGAGAAAUUUCGCAUCCAGAAGUUGCAAGAAGAGUCGGACCUCAAAAAUGCCAUGGAAACAUUUGGUGUGACCAGCCUUGCCGGUGGAAUCGAUGGAAUGCAUCCGACCAGCAAGGAAGAGUUUGUUGAAUUUGCUGAUGCCAUCACGAAAAAGCUCUCCAACUACAAAAAUGACCCCGAGUAUUCAAACUUCCUGGAAGAUCUGGUUACGAAACUAUUUGCAACGAUGCCAUCUAAUACUAUUCGGAAAGUGAAAGGAACCCUUGAUAAUUUGUAUUUGGAGAAGCAAAAGUUGGAGAAGGGAGAUAAACCGAAAAAGCUCAAGGGUGGCAAGAUAAAGGCCAAACUAAAGUUGGAGGGCGAAAAUCAAACCCUCAACGAAUACGCUACCCAGUACGACUAUGAUGAAUAUGACGAUUUUAUGUAACAUUCGUUCUAGAUACAAAAUUGAAUCCCCAGCUAGGCAGACUAAGCACGAGAGUUUGGUGAAAAAUAUACUUUUGUUCCACAAGUAGUAAUAGUUUGGCAUACAGAAAACAAAACAUUGUAAAUUAUAACGAAACAAUCUAACAUGAAACGUUCAGUAAUAAUGCAUAACUACACACAGCAAAGGUAUAAUCAAAUCAAAUGCAUAAUUUAAGUCGUUAAUUCUUCACAGCAUAAAUUUCCGCCGGUCGUUCAUGUUGGUUUCAGAGUUCUCUUACCUAAACCCAGCUUCAGUUCAGUUCAGAGUAGAAAUUUUUUUUCCUCGUAAUAUACAGCAAUCCUAUCCUGCCUGUAAAAGACCGUUAUGAUUGUGUAAAUGAAAUCGAAAUCAGCCUAAGCUCUACACUUAAUUAGCUGACCAGAAGACAAACGCAGAAGCAUGAUUAGCUUUGUUUAAAAUAAUCUAGGAAUUUUCAAUUAUUAUCGUUUUUCGAAUAAAAAUAAAACGUAUAAAGCCAUUCGAAAGCUUUGACUUUUAAUGAGACGCAAACAAACAGAAAAAAGUGGAAAACAGGGCGUAAGAUAGUAACAUAUAAUGUAACGCACCGCAUGUGUAAAUGCAACGUGCGUGUAGUGUAUGUAAUAUUACAAGAUUCAAUAUCUUUUCAACGAGUUGUCUGUUACUGUGUACAUAAAAGGGAAAACAAUAAAGCUGAGAAGGUUUGUCACUGGA